CCCGACGCGUUGCGAGAUUCUCCCGCGCUGCACCAUGGAGGUGCUGCGUGAUAGUUCUGAGGCGGGGCGUCCAUUUGUAGGCGUGUGAGUGUACUAGUGCAAUACUCCGGGCGUGGCUCUGGCUUCGACUUUGGAUUUUGUUUGAUGUUACUUGUGGACAUAGACUAAGACGCUUGGCCUGCUCGCGCCUCGUCGGUCCUACAACCAGAAGUAGAAGAUGGACCAUGCUACCAAACAACAGGAGCGAAAGAAGUUGCUUUUUUGUACAUAGUAAGUAGUCUAGUUGUCGACCCUCCACAACCCUUGCUAUUUCCGAGUGUCGUGCCUAAACCGUAGCAAGAUAGAUCCUUGCGUCCAAGAUAAAGAAAGAGAGAGAGAGAGAGAGAGAUGAGUGCGAAAGUGAAUUGCUGAAGUUAAGAAGAAAUUGAGGAAGAAGGGAGCAUACUUUUACUGUCUAGUUCAUCACCAAUCAUCUGCGCUCUGUCAGGGCUUGAGUAUGAUAGGUGGAUCGUAGAAGAAGUUGCUACGAUCCCUAGUAUUUCUUGGCUUGAUUCUAAUCCUAGUCUUUUUUUUAUCGACCGUAUGUAUGAUCUUAUCGACGGUCGCGACUUCUUCAACAGGUCACGUCAAGGUCAUCGCUUCGUUGCGGACAUUCUGCAGAAGCGGGACUCUCUGAAUCUGGAACAAGGUCGGAAGGCUGGAGCUGGUGAGACAGCGCUCCUCGACUUCUGCGACACGAUUACCAACAACCUUUUCGCCGUGAACAGACUAGCAACAGCGCUACAACUCAAGACGCGUUUUGUGCAGCCAAGGUUCGCGACGGAGUUUGGAAUCAUCGACGGGUUUCUCUUUCGUGGCACGAAGAACGAAACCAAGGACGUUCUGCAAGAGGUGGGCCGCAUCAUCCGGGCAAUGAAAACGCGACUGCAUCGCGAUUUGCGCCCUGUUGCGGACGAUCUCCAGCUCAUUCGGGACGAAUUUGCGAGACAUAAACUCCACUGUACCCGCUUCGCGGAAACCAUUGACUCUCUCCGAACGUUGGCGACACGCAUCGGUGUCGAUCACGACGUCCAGACGCUGGAUGACCUCGGCAUCCGUCAGGAUUUUGAAGAUGAGCUGAAGAAUUGGAUCAGCUCGAAACGUCCAAGAAUCCCCUGGGAACUGAACUGGUCCGAUGUGAUGGAGAUGUGGAAUGUGCAGGAGCUACCGGACGGCGACACACCCGUGAAGGAAUGGGAAGCGAGAGGAUUUGAUUCCCAGUUGCAGUUCUGACCACAGCCCGUUGAACUCUUACGGACGCCUCGGCUAAGGCGGAACGCAGUGAAUUUGACGAAUCUUCAGCGAAUGCGAAGGGCCGGCUCUCAAUGAGCAGCGAACAAUGUCACGAGUGGUUGUUCGGGAAAGAGAAACCGAAGUCGGACAAUAGACGCGAUAGCGAGGAAUUAAGUGCCCUGUUCUGCACACCCGAGUCGCAGCAGAGAUAAACCACAAGCAGAAGUGCGCUUGAAUAGAAGUAAUUAAUAUUCUUUCUUGAGUGAACAAGCGAUGGGAAUCUGAUUCCGAAAAGUCAAAGGGACAACUUUAUUUCCCCCAGUCGAUUCACUUUCACACAGGAAGAACGAUGGCCAACACUAGUAGUGAGAGUCAGAGUGACAAUGAAUCUCUGUAAAAAUGUUGCGCCCCCACUUGAACAUCUAGAUCUACUCUCGCCUUUCGUCCAGUGGAAAUGUUGAAGCAGAAGCUUUGGGAUAUUGUGACUCCUGAUUCUGAUUGUCUCCGGAGCAGGAUAGGUGUAUUUCUUCGCCCCUACGCCUACAUACAAAUGAGAGCUGUGUUGAAGGCAUUCGCGAGUCGCGGGAAUCGCAAGCAAGUUCUUCUUCGGUG